AUGGUGUCGUACGCUGCUGCUGCUGCAUCGGGACCCCGGCAGACCCCCGAGGAGGCUGCCGCUCCUCAACCUCCCCAGGUCGUCCACUCCGAGUCUGCUAGCACCAGUUCCCUCGUUGAUGUCGACGCCCCUUCCGUCCGCACCGUCCCAUCCGACUUCAUGGAGCAGGAUGUCCAGACCGACACCCAAGCUGCCCGCCGAGAGCUAGAAGAUGCUGCCGAACAUGCUGCCUCCCGCGCCCGCGCCGAGGCCGAUAUGGCCAAGAAGAAGGGCUCCGCCAAGGCGCGCAAGGCCGACAACAUCCUCACCCAGUGGUUCGGCGACCUGAGCGAAGGCGCCAGCACCGCUCUCGUCGUCUCAAACCUGACUGCCAUCAUCGCGCUGAGCACCUACGGAGGCUACAAGGCCUGGGGCCUGUACGAGCGUGGCCGAUUCGGCUGGAAGCACGUCGGAAUUGGUGCUGGUGUGGCCCUGGGCGUUGGUCUCGUCGAGAGUAUCGUUGGAGGAUACCUCUACAAGGGAAAGAAGGGGAAGCAGUCGUAG